GAAUUAGAAUUGGAUUCAAAAUCUCUCUCAAUUGUCAAAUCAACCCCUUGUAAUUAAUGUCAACCAAAUUCCUGUUAUCUCCCUGGACCCUUCAACCAUUCCAUAUAUAAAAUCUCUCAACCCCCAAUCUUUGUUAACCCAAUAAGCUCCUACUUAUGUGAUAGUGAUACAACAGUUUCAGAGCAAGCAACUUGUCAACAAGAAGAGUUCAAAGGCACAAAGGAGCUAGCAAAUAGAUCAGAAGAACAUACAAAUUCAGCAGACAAAUAGCACCAAUUUUCUUGACAUGGCUGAGGAGUUUCAAGCUGGGAUAUGUGGUGAAACAUGGUGGAAUAUGAAUCCAACAAGAAGCGCGUUCCCUCUCAUGAGUCCAUCAUCAACUUGUUCUGUUGCAGCUAAUGAUGCAGGGAACUACAGCACUUGGCAAACAGACUUUCUUGAUUUGAGAGCAACAAGGCCUUGUGUUGCUGAAGAAACUAACAAUAACAACAUGGUUUCUGAUGUUUCUCUGGGUUUCCUAGAUGCUCAGAAGCCACAGCAGAGUGAAUCAGCCAAUGGAACUAGUAGCUUCUUGAUUGAUUCCACUUUACAAAUCAUGGGGUUUGGCCUCUCAUCUCCAACUUCAUCCAAUUGGAAUAACCAGUCUCUCUUUCAUUGUAGUGGAAGGCCACAGAGCAUGGAAGAAACUGGUUUAGAUUCUUCUGGUCAUCAUAAUCCACAAGUUUCCUCUGUUGAUGCUAAUUUCAAGGCAAUGAACCAAGAUUUUGGCUUAGAUCAGCAGGGUCUGAAUUCUGUAAUUACCAGCAGUGGUAAUUUAUCAGGUGGUUUAAUCCCAAUUAAUGGAUCAGGUUCCUAUGGUUACCCUUCAAAUUUGGUACAAAGCCUAUAUGAUUCUCAACCACAACCUCAGAACUCAUCACUUUUCACCAACCCCUCUAUGUCCUUUUCAUCUUCCAAUGAGCUGUCACCAACAUUCUCUUCCAUUCUGAAACCUGCAAUGCCAAAACAACAGCUUAGUGGAUUGCACUUUUCCAAUAGCACCCCUUUUUGGAAUGCUUCAGCUGAGGCACUUCAUGACAUAAGAGCAGGAGUUUUUGCUUCAUCACAAACUCAAUACCAAACGCCAAGUUUUGAAGAGAAGAAACAAAAUCCACCUAGUGCUCUAUUAAACAAGCUCAAGCGAGAAGAAUCUCCAGAUGCAGCGAAGAAGAGUACUUCUACUGAGCCUGCACUAAAAAGGCCAAGAAUUGAGACUCCAUCUCCAUUGCCAACUUUUAAGGUUCGGAAAGAGAAGCUGGGGGACCGAAUCACUGCUCUUCAGCAAUUGGUUUCACCUUUUGGAAAGACGGACACAGCAUCCGUUCUUCACGAAGCCAUCGACUACAUCAAGUUCCUUCAUGAUCAAGUCAAUGUAUUGAGCACACCAUAUAUGAAAAGUGGAGCUCCCAUUCAAAACCAGCAGGGUACUUGUGAUAAUGUGAAGGAGUCAUCAGAAGAAGAUUUAAGAAGGAGAGGGCUAUGUUUGGUACCGAUUUCAAGCACAUUUCCAGUGACAAAUGAGACCACUGUUGAUUUCUGGACACCAACAUUUGGAGGCCCACCCAUGGGUAUGGGUAGGUAGAGAAAGCAAGCUGAAGAGACUCAUCUCAGGCAGUGGAUCAGAACUAAUUAACGACCAUGUUAACUAUAUAUUUACAUACAUGUCAUGUCAUGUGUAAACUUAAAGGAAGGGAUUGGUAAAGACAAAGGAUCAUGAAGGAAUGGGCCAGGAAGAGAAUAUAUACACUUUAGCUAGCUAGCUUUAGGUGCUUUAAGAUUAAUAGCUCCAAUUAAGUUUUUAGAAAUCCAACGUCGACGGUGGGGGCAGGAACAAGUGCUAAAUUCAGCGGCAUUUUACAUUAUAUAUAGUUUUUGUUGGUAGAAAGAAACAAUAUAUAUUUGCCAGAAUUUAGCAGAUCAUGGGGCUAGCAACCAAGCUAACACGCCUUUUGUUCCUGCUUAUCAAUAUAUUAUCUGUAUUCUGAAUCAUCACGCACCAGCAACUUAAUUUUUUUUUCUUAGCAGAAUAAAGUGGAUAAUGUAUUGUAUCAAUAUUCAUUUGUUUUUGGUUUAAUUUAAUUAACUACUCCUUUUUA